AUGCCUGCCAUAGAAACCAUCACUCUAUUACCCAAGAUCACCUCAAAGGUUGCUGCAGAGCAUGUCAAAGAUGCGAGCACACUUGUGUUCUACAUGCACAGGGCUACCAUCACUACUCUUCGCCUCAUGCCCCCUAUUCUUGACCGCAUGGGCCGACCAGUCACGGUCGAGCAGGUUGUCAACCUGUAUCAAACCUUGGACAUCUCACUCCCUCUGGAAACACUCAUACAACAGGUCGUCGACGAGCACGCGAGCACUUAUCAUAAUGUCCCAGCUGUGUUGGAUGUUGCUCUCAACCUGCAGCAGGACUCUGCUCAAGGCAUCUCCAACGAUCACGUCAAUGCCGCCGGUGGGACAUUUACCCUUCUCACUCAAUCAUACAAGGAUUGA